CUCCACCGGAACCUAUUUGUGUUUACUAAUGCGGAUUGCGAGAAUACAAUGCACCAGCCGUCUGUGCCAGGUCUUUCUGGCCUUUGCCGUGUUACGGAACAUCUUUAUAUAAGUAACAGCAAAGCGGCCAGUCUCGUCUCCCUGCUGAGUUUGAACAAGAUAACGUGCAUCAUUAACGUCACUGAGACCAAGAGCCGCAGCCCCCCUCCUCAUGGUGUGGAGUAUAUCCACAUCCCCCUGUCUGAUUCCCCAUCCACACCACUCGCUGAUCACUUUGACUUCGUGGUGGAUAAAAUUCAGCAGACAGCGCGAAGUGGCGGCCGGACUUUGGUGCACUGCAACGCCGGGGUGAGCCGCUCGGCGACACUGUGCAUGGCCUUCCUCGUCAAGCACCACAGUGUGACUCUCAUGGAGGCUCACGCGUGGAUCAAGACGUGCAGACCCAUGGUGAGGCCUAACAAUGGCUUCUGGAAGCAGCUAAUACAGUAUGAGAAGGCGCUUCUUGGGUGUACUUCUGUCCGGAUGGUGUCUUCGUCUAUGGGAGAAAUACCUGAUAUUUAUGAAGAGGAAGCCAGAAAUAUGAUUCCAUUCUGACAGCUUGCUGUUACACAAGUGUGUGGUAACUGUGCAGGAGGAUCAUGACUUGGAUAUUAUAUUGUUUGUACACAAAAAGCAGUGCUCACUUUUUGUUUUACUUGUUAACUGUGAUACUGUCAUGCACUGCAUUGGUGUCUGCUAAUUUAUCUGAACAUUAUUAAUUAUGGAUGGCCACACGGGAGAUCGGGAAGAUUUGUGUUAGGUAUGCCCAUGAGUGUCAAUGAUUGUCUAUGUACCAUGCGAUUGGAUGGCGACCAAUCCAGGGUGUAACCCACCUCUUGCCAGGUCAGCUGGGGUAGGCUCCAGCAUACCCCCGCAGCCCUAAUGAGGAUAAGUGGUAUAGAAAAUGGAUGGAUGAGGUAUAUGAUGCAGAUAAAAAGUCCAUUACAACUGUUAAUUGCAAAACAUUUAUUUUACAAUACACACCAACAGCAAGACAUUCCAAGAAUUAUACCCAGGUCGAUAAAAAUAUGGCUUUGCAGAUUUUCAAAUAAAAUGUGAAAUGGGAUGGCUCAAAACGCUCGGUUUGAAAAGGUGUGGUAAAACCAUUCCUUUAUGAUGUCACAGAGGGCCGAACUUCCUUAUAUGGUUCAUAGUUAGGAAGCACUUUGAGUGUGUGACCAACCACAGCGGAGUGGGCAUGCUCAGAGUGCAUGUGAGUGGAAUAAAUUAAAACAGACCAUUUGGGCAGGAAGCACAAGUCAAAUUAUCUGCAAUAGGUGCAGAUUCUGCAUACAAGAAUGUUGACAGUAUUGUUUGUUGGCAUCAAUAAUUUGAAAAACAAUUAUCCAGCAAAAUUUGUUAUUGUGACAGGCUUUCAGGUAAUCCUAAGAGUAAACCAGGGGUGUUCAAACUGCGGGAAACGGGAAAAAUACAGCAAAAGGCAAAAUUUAAAAACAAGCUGAAAUGCUGAUACUAGACAUUAAUAAUGAAACAAAGCUUUGUCUUUAAAUAUAAUAUUUUUACCAAAUUAAAAAUAUAAAAAUGACCUCCUGCAUUGUUUUGAGUUUUACGAUGUGGCUCUCGGUGGAAAAGUUUUGGACACACCUGGAGUAAACAGUGUGACAGUUUACAGAUAACGCAUACCCUUACAAAGCAACACCACUGACAUGUCCCAAUGCAUCACAUCUGGACAAAUAAAAUGGCAUUUACAGGUGUGGCAGACACCUUUGAGUGGUUAAACUACACCCAGAAGAGGAACCUUUUGAACAUUUCAGGAACUGGCCUUGCCCCUUUUUUCAAUGUCAGUUUUAAUAUUUGUUAUACUUGCAAAUAUUUCAAGAACAAGAAAAGUGCAGCACAUCUUUUAGACAACCAAAUUUGUCAAGAUGAUAUGAGCCAACCAAACAGUGCCAAGCAUUAGUAGGUUAGCAUGCUCACUGUUUACGGUCUUUGUGCCAUACAGUGUUUAAUACGAAACCUUCCAAUUCACUUCUCAGAAAAAGGGCAAACCCAUUCAUAUCCUAAAAGCAACUUACAAAAAACGUUAUAAUACAACUCCAAACAAAUUCACUUUUCUGUACAUGUAGGCAGCUUUAAAGAUCUUAAAAUUUGUACACAGACUGUUUUACAGGGAGUCAUAAUGGCUUAUUUUUGCUAACAGUGCAAUCAUAGCUGUACAAACAACGCAAGACAAUUAAAAUGGUAAAAUGGCUACAGUCCUGAGUUUUUGCAGUUAUAUUACUAGAAAGUGUAAUAAAGACAUGGGUGCAAAAAGCGUGCACAUUUUUCUUAUGCUGUGUUGUAUUCCUUCAGUAAAUAAGGCAACAUUAUUAUCUGCAUAGGCAUGCAAUACGCAUCCAGCUACAAAACAGAAAGUCCACACAGGCCAAAAUGUCUGUCAUUUCAAAUGAUCACAUCCUCUCAUCUUCUUAUGCCACCUCACAGUGUCGUCAGUGUAUCAAGAGGACAGCAUCUGAUUACAACUGGAAAGAAAAUAAAAAAAAUUAACCAAAAGUUUAAACAAAAACCCCAAAAUGGAAAAAAAAAAGAAUAACUUACAUCCUGUUCCAGUUUUUGGUAUUCUGUAGAUUUUGGACGACGAGCAGAUCUUGAUCGCUUUCCUUCCAAAACAUAGGCAAUUAUCUGGAUAAAAGAAAACAUAUCUGCAUUGGCUCAAAUGUGUCUAAAAACAGUGGUAAUUCAAUUGUGAGUAUGUGCACUCGUCUCUAACCACUUCGCUAUUCAAACUUUGCAUUCUUUUCCCAAAAUAUAAUAAAUCAUGCAUGUAGAAGACCAUUUAAAGUUUUUUGCCUAAUUUAAGCAGUUCCAAGCACAUAAGGGUCAAUUAACCAAAAUACAAAUAUAAGGCAUUCAGAAGAUCAAUUAAGAUACCAGACUUUACCACAGGAACAAUA